UGAGCCCAACGUGUUGGGAAGCAGCAGCUGCCACUCACACUGGCAGACCCACUCUACGUCUAAGGAUAUACAAGUACCGUGCAGGGACAGGAGCCUCCUGACACCCAUAUACCCCACCCCACUACUUGUUUCUUUGGAGCGUAAACCUUCACGGUUUAGCUUCACAAGAUGGAUUUGAGGGUAACAAGCCUCCUUUUUGUCCUCCUGGCUUUGGCCGAGGGAACCCCCGAGAGAUACUACGCGCCAAAAGUGACAAAGGUCCCAUACCCCGUGAAGAGUCACUCUGUUGCAGGACCACAAGGUCCUCCAGGACCCCCAGGUGAGCCAGGACCAAUGGGACCAUCUGGACCUCCUGGAGAAAGGGGUGUUGGACACACUGGACCUCGGGGCCCACCAGGACCACCUGGAGCCUCUGGCCUCUCUCAGGCUGGCAAACCUGGUACCCCAGGUGCUCCUGGAAAACCAGGAAUCCCUGGUGGACCUGGUGAAAGAGGAUUAAAUGGUGCUACUGGACCAAUGGGACCAAGAGGUGCCCCCGGUAUACCUGGAACCCCUGGACCUGCUGGACUUUCAGCCGCUGGAAAACCUGGACCAGCAGGGCUUCAGGGUCCAAUGGGUCACAGAGGAGAACCUGGUUUGAAGGGGCAUCCUGGUAUCCCUGGUCUUCAUGGUCCAAAAGGAGAAAGAGGCAUUGGUGUUCCUGGGGUCCAGGGUCCACCAGGUGGAACUGGGCCAAUGGGCCCAUCUGGCAUGCCUGGCAAACCUGGAGUUGGCAAGCCUGGUUCCCCUGGCUAUCCGGGAGAACCUGGAAAGACUGGAACGCCAGGAAGGGAUGGUGCCCCUGGGCCAAUGGGUUUGCCAGGUCUUAAGGGUCACACUGGACCUCCAGGUGUAGGAGCACCAGGAAAACCAGGCCAGAAUGGUACCCCAGGUACACCCGGGCCUAUGGGAUCCAGAGGUCCACAGGGACCUGCUGGUCAACCAGGCUCCCCUGGCAUGCCAGGUGUUGGUAAGACUGGUGAACCCGGAAUACCAGGAUCCAGAGGAGCUCCAGGAAGUCCAGGAACCACUGGUCAGAAAGGAGAACCAGGCCCAACUGGAUUUACUGGUCAACCAGGUGCUCCCGGUCCUAUAGGCCCAGCUGGUCCACAGGGUGCAAGAGGAUUUCAGGGUGAGUCAGGCCCAGUAGGACCCAAAGGUGAUAUUGGUAUGGUUGGUGCACCAGGCCCAAGAGGAUCCAAGGGUGAGCAGGGAGCACAAGGCUUUACUGGAAAACCAGGUGUUCCUGGUGCAGUAGGUCCCGCAGGAGUUCCAGGCCAUAAUGGAGCGCAGGGUCCAAAGGGUUCACAAGGCCAUGGUGGCCCUCCAGGAAGUCCUGGUGCAAAUGGUGCACCUGGACUUAAAGGACACACAGGGGCCCCAGGAGCACCAGGUAAAAGCGGUGAACCUGGACUGCCAGGAGAAUCAGGACCAGUUGGGCCCCCUGGUCCAUCAGGCCCCUCUGGACUUAAGGGACACCCAGGUCUCCCAGGUCCACCUGGUCCAGCAGGCCUGACAGCUAAGGGAAUUUCUGGCCCUAUGGGUCCCCCAGGACCUCCAGGUCAGAGAGGCCAUGAUGGUCUCCCUGGUCCUGCUGGUCCUCCUGGUCCACCUGGUCCCCCAGGAGAGAUGAUGUACCACCAUGAAAAGAGCAUGCCAAUCAAGUCCCACGAGGUUAUGAUGCCUCAUGAAGUGAUGAAGGCUCCCAUGUCUGCCUUUAGUGCUGUGCUGACCAUGGCCUACCCCCCUGCUGGAACCCCUAUUGCUUUCAAUCAGGUUCUUUAUAAUGGAGAGAACCACUAUGACCCCCACAGCGGUGUGUUCACCUGUCAGAUCCCAGGUCUUUACUAUUUUAGCUUCCACGUGCAUGUCAAUGGUGCAAAUGCAUUGGUGGCCCUCUACAAAAAUGAGGAGCCUUCGGUUUUCAUUUAUGAUGAAUACAACAAGGGCUUCUUGGAUCAGAUGGCAGGCAGUGCUGUUUUUAUGCUGCACCCAGGGGACAGAGUCUAUGUUCAAGUUCCCGAUGAGGAAAGCAAUGGUAUAUUUGCUGCUGACAAUGUUCACUGUGGGUUCUCUGGGUUCUUGAUUGCCUCAACGUGAUUUAAUGAAUCCCUGAAAACCUCAACACCUUACAAAAAACAUUAAACUGCUCAGAGAAAUAGAUUAAUUUACACAAAUUGAAAUAAAGAUUGUGAAUCUGUUUUACCAUUUACCAACCUCACUCAAAGUGACAAGGGUUAAAAUUAAUCAAUGAACCGAGAUACCAUUUUUCUAAAAAAUUUAGGCCUCAAAUUUAUCCUUGUUCCCCAUUCACUCUAUGCCUUAGAAAUGAAACAAAAACAUAGAAUGAUAUUGGAAGAUUUCUUAAGUGGUGCCCUACAGUUACCUGGAACAUUUACAGAUACUUUUUUAUUUGUGUUUGUUUUAUUAUUCCUGUUUGUUUAAGGAUUUCCUUUAAAUUUACAAACAAAACUAUGCAAAACUGAUCUAAUAUAUGUUAUAAAAGAUCAGCACAUUUACACCAGCACUGUGACUACAAACAGAACAUUGGAGGAGAAUUUCAAACUGCUUUUUUUGUAACUAUAUCCCAUUGGAUGUGUUAAGUUAUGUACCACUUACUGAGAAAAACAUGGAAUAAAAGUACGACUUUGAAAAAUA